GCAAUGGUUGCGCCUAUAGUCAAUACGGGAAUUCAGACAGCAAAGGUAGAAAUUUCUGAACAUAUUUUCCAGAUGAGGUUUAUUGACUCAUGUGCAGUGGCUGGUCUAGGAGUUUUGAUUUUCGACUAUUUCUUAACGCUCGGAGCUGAGGUUCAAUGGACAUGGAACAGGCGCUGGAAUGCCAGUCGUGUUCUUUUCGUGAUUUCACGCUACAUGACCUUUGUAGCAGCUGGCAUGACUUCAUAUGGUGCCAUUGCUACACGAGCGAACGAAAACUGCUUACACUUCAGCCAGGCUUCAAAUGCAAUUCACAUCAUCAGUAUUGUAGCUGCUGAAGGUCUUUUGAUUAUUCGUACAUAUGCGUUCUGGAGACAGAACAAAAAGCUCUUGGCAGUGUUACUGGUCCUGGCAGCAAUUUGCCUAGCAUGCGCUGUUAGUAUUACACAAGUUGUUGAUGAUCUGGCGGCGCCUGCAAACCCUUCAGAUCCCCCCACAAGCAACUGCACUUUUGAAUCGAGUCGCAGCAGUGCCAUUCAAUACGGCUUCCUUGUAGCCUAUGAACUGUUACUGAUGUCUUUGACGGUGUUCAAGAAAUAUCAAGACUACAGAUAUCACAAUAGUCAUUUAGUGAGAACCAUCUUCCAGGGCGCAGUGCGAUAUAUGACUGCCAUAAUUUUUGUUUCUGUGGCCAAUAUAUUGAUUAUAGCUGUGGUGCCGGUAGGUUGCAUGGUGUAUCUGCUCAUUUAACAAAUUUUACUAAU